UCAUAGAACAACAACAAAUGCAACGAAAUUUUCUUUCUUUUCGCCCCCUUCUUCGGGGAACCGGUGAAUUUGGAACAUUAUGCACACCUAUUCGUCUUUUUCGCAACUCGGCUGCUUUGAAAUAUGCCGCUGCUCCUCCGAAGACCGCCCCUGGAAAAGCACCUCCCAAAAUGCUGAAGUUACGAAAGCAAUUUCAGGCGCACAACGAUUUGCCAGUUUUUCUGAAGGGCGGCAAGGCGGAUAAUAUAUUGUACAGGUUGACCUGGGUACUUUGUUUCCUUGGAUUAGCUGGAGACAUCUGGUUGUGGGCUGGCUUUAUUAUCGCCUAAAAUCAUGAUGAGUUAUCCCUCAUGAUAACCUCAAAAAAAACACUUAAAUUUAAAUGUAUUAAACUAAUUUUGACGUUCUGAACAACUUAACACAGUUAUUUAACAGCAAGUAACGUUUCUGUACAUACUUAAAUACGGCAAAUUAAAAAACUUACAUAUUUUAACAA